CACCAUCUCCUCGACUCCUCCUCACCGCCGCACCCCCAAAGCCCUAGCGCACGCGGCGUGCGAGCGAGCGAGAGAGAGCCAUGGAGGCGGCGGUGGCGACGCAGCAGCCGCCCAAGUUCCGGUGGGGCGAGCUCGAGGACGACGACGGGGGCAACCUCGGCCCGCUCCUCCCGCCGCGGGUCGUCCUCGGGCCCGACGCGGGCGGCCUCCGCACGGUGAUCGAGUACCGCCUCGACGACGGCGGCAACAAGGUCAAGGUCACCACCCGCACCCGCACCCGCAGCCUCGCGCACGCCCGCCUCUCCAGGAGCGCGGUCGAGCGCCGCUCGUGGGCCAAGUUCGGCGACGCCGUCAAGGGGGGCGACGACGGCUCGCGCCUCACCAUGGUCUCCACCGAAGAGGUCCUCCUCGAGCGCCCACGAGCCCCAGGGAAGCAAACUGAGGAACCAACUACUUCUGGUGAUCCACUGUCAAUGGCAAGUACUGGAGGUGGUGCCCUUCUCAUGCUUUGCAGAAUCUGUGGGAAAAAGGGUGACCACUGGACCUCAAGGUGCCCCUACAAGGACCUUGCUCAACAGGGAGAAGGUUUUGUUGACAGGUCUUCUACUCCCGACGGCCGUGCAGCACCACCUGGCGAGCGAGCAUAUGUUCCUCCAAACAAGAAAGAAGGUGCCGAUACAAGUGGAGCAAGUAUGAGGAGAAGGAAUGAUGAGAACUCCAUCCGUGUGAACAAUCUGUCAGAGGACACCCAUGAGGCUGACCUCCUCGAGCUGUUCCGGACAUUUGGCCCUGUUACCCGUGCCUUUGUCGCGAGGGAUAAGUGGACUCGAUCAAGCAGGGGGUUUGGUUUUGUCAACUUCGUUCACAGAGAGGAUGGUGAGAAGGCUAUCAGCACGCUCAAUGGGUAUGGUUAUGAUAACCUUAUCCUCCGAAUCGAGUGGUCAGACAGGCCGAACUAGUUCUUGCUACUACCUCUCCAAGCAUGGCAUAUAUUCACCCUAGUGCUUAUCAAUAUGGUCGUUUGAGCUAGUACUCAGUGUUAUGGGCAUAUCCUAUGUCCUAGACCUGUUCUAGUUAUUUUGUUUGGACGAGGUAAUUGUACUCGUGAUCUGCCAGUCUUUCAAAUGCGAAUAUUGGAGGAUGGGAUGAGUUCUGUAUGUCGCAAUAUCCUUGGAGCUUUUCCUUAUUCGGUCACCAGUUUCUUGUAUGCACUGCUUGUCAGUUUGGUACGCAACCCAGCUACAGCUUUGAUGCAUUCAGAAUGGCACUUUGGACCUACAUGUUUGAUCAGUUUGUGUAUGGAUCAGCAAGCAUAUUCUGAACCAGACAUGGAUCUCUCUGUUUAACUUGCUGUUGUAGUGUUGUACUGGUGCAUAUCCAUGCUCUGAUCGAAUCAUUAUAAUCUUGCA